UUAGGAGACAAUGUCCGCCAUCAGCACACUGCGCUCUUCCACCUUCCCAUUUAAACUAAAUUUUCCAUGAAAUAGCACUAACAGACGGCCCCAAGAAUGACCAGCUCGGGCGCGGUUCAGGUGAAACUAGAGCUUGGUCACCGUGCCCAGGUCAGAAAGAAGCCCACCGUGGAGGGCUUUACGCAUGACUGGAUGGUGUUCGUCAGAGGACCGGAACACAGCAACAUUCAGCACUUUGUGGAAAAAGUAGUUUUUCAUCUGCACGAAAGCUUUCCAAGACCAAAAAGAGUGUGCAAGGACCCGCCUUACAAAGUGGAGGAAUCUGGGUACGCUGGCUUUAUCUUGCCCAUUGAGGUUUACUUCAAAAACAAGGAAGAGCCGAAGAAAGUGCGCUUCGACUAUGACCUGUUCCUGCACCUGGAUGGCCACCCCCCCGUCAAUCACCUGCGCUGCGAGAAGCUCACCUUCAACAAGCCGACUGAGGAGUUCUGCAGGAAGCUGCUUAAGGCAGGAGGGCACAGAGACCCUCAUAAAAGAAGUUCAGAAGACUCUAAAGUGAUGGUCAUGCAGGAGGCUGCCUCCUCCCUCUUCAGGCAGCACCUGAAGCUGCCCGCCCUCCACAGCGGCUCUGUCACCCUGACCCUCUCCGAAGCCAAGAAGAGCAAGCCCUCCCACGGGUCAAAGGUCACACGGGACGCCCAGGACGGGUCCAGAAGCGCUCUCACCACCAGCACCACCAGCAGCAGUGGCAACAGCAGCAGUAGCUCCUUGAAGCCCCACAAGCUCGCGAAAGAGCACAGGGACCGAGCGCUCAAAGACUCGGGAGAACCCAAAAGUGCCUUCAAAGUCCUGACCAGGGAACUCUGCAAACCCCCCAAAGAUUCAUCGAGGAAACCCAAAGAGAACCAGCCGGUCCGGGACGACAGGCCCAAGACGGGCUUCAAGGAGCCUAAGGGCGUGUCCAAGGAGCACAGGCCGGAGACGGGCCUCUCUCACGGGAUGGGUGCGGGAGGCCCGCAGCACAACGGCAAGGCUUCCAGCAGAAGGCCGGCCGACACCCCGGACCACGCGACCAAAAGGAGGAAGAGGGACCUCUCUGAAACAGCCCCUAGGCCUACGUCAAACUCGCCGCCACGGUGGCAGCACCCUGACAGGCGGCUUCCCAAGGAGGGCUGCCAGGUCCAGCCUGCCAAGCGGAAGACAGACACCGAGCCGGCGGAGAGGGUGAAGCCCACCCAGCUGCCUCCCUUCCAGGACCUGGUGGACCCUGACGACUCUGAUACGGACGACAAUGUGUCCGCCAAGUAUGAGUCGGAGCAGCCAAGCCCUGCUAAUUCCAGCUGCAGCUCCAAAUCCGGCUUCGCCCCCCCGCACAAGCGCCAAGCCCGGGAUCCUCUGCGCUCCAUAAUCCGGGACCUGCACUCUGAUGACAACGAGGAAGACGAGUCGGAGGAGGACGAUGACAGUGAGGCGCACUCUGACCUGGAAAGGCCGCUGCACUCUCACCUCACCCAUCGGCACCGACGGGUGAGCUUGAGUGACGGCAGCCACAGUGAGAAGAGCUCCGCCUCUUCACCCUCCCUGUGGAACGACCCUCCCACUUUACUGAAGGCGAGCAAUAAUCAGGUUCUGGAAGGGAAGAGUCCCGUGAAGCCGGGGAAACUGGAAAAAAUAACAAGAAGUGCAGACUGUGACAAGGCCUACCUGGAUGAACUGGUGGAGCUUCACAGGAGGCUGAUGGCGCUAAGGGAGAGGCACAUACUGCAGCAGAUCGUCAACCUGAUCGAGGAGACCGGACACUUCCACCUCACCAACACGACCUUCGACUUCGACCUCUGCUCGCUGGACAGGACCACGGUGCGCAAGCUGCAGAGCUACCUCGAAACGUCGGGAACGUCCUGAGGCUUCCGGGGCAGCCGGCCGCGCCGCCGCGGGAGGGGGAAGGGGAGCACCAGGAACUCGGGACUAACCGUUUUUACUUUCUCGUCUUUUUUACUUGAAAUUUUUUUUGCUGCAAUGCAACUGACCUGCCAGGUCCCGAGGGU